UCUUACCUACUCUGCGGCCACCCUGACUGUCUAUAUACAGAGAUAUCAACCGAACGUAUCGAUACAUAUAACCCGAAGAAUCUGUGACAUGUCUUCUCCAGCACCCGUAGCCGGAGACCGAGGCCGGCGGCUCGAGCAUCAAGAGCGAGCUUAUGAGCUUCAAAAGAAAGGUGCCAUCGAGGGAAUGAUCAAGUAUACCUUGUAUACAUCUCUCUUUGUCACACUCGGACAUCUCACAUGGCCAGGAUUCAGACGACAAGCGAUCGGUCUCAAAGCGUUCAUUAUCUCCUCGUCAACAGUAGCCGGCUUGGUCUUUGGCGCAGAGAAAUACCUCUUGCGGUUCGAAUCAGAACAACGAGAGUCGGAGAACGAUGUCCGACGUCAAGCGAGGAACGAGCUCGCAAGGCAGGGCAUCAUCGCGACCGAGACCGAGAUCAAAAAGUGGAAGGGGCAGAGGGACGAAAAGGAAAAGGCCAGAGUGGCCAGAGAGACCGAAACUCCAGCAUGAGAUGGAUCCGCUGGAACGGAACGAAUCGAUCUGGAGGCACAGCAAGAGUCUGUCUGAUCCCUCGAAGUGUAAUGGUUAUGGAUCUGUAUCGAUAGCAAGACGACACGCAUCUCUCAAGCAAAUACCGUAACCUCUGUACCUCGUUUUGCUCGAGGCUCGACUCUUGCGGCGCAUCGGAGUGGUACCAAAAUCAAAAUCGCCUUCAGGCCAUCAUCG